CAUAUUUAUCAUACGUAAAUAAAUCUUUUUAAACCAAAGAACGUCUGAACUAUCUGCAAAGACAAACGUUAUCUGCAAUUAUUUCCAUGAAAUCAAUGUAAACAGUAUUCUCAACAUUUCAGGUGGAAACACCGAUCUAUUUUUAGCACGAUUACGUAAGAUUUGUACAUAAGGGAUGUUUGUUACAUUUUGCAUGAUCAUAACAAACUUUUGAUCGAACAAUUUCAUUUUCAAAAUGAUCAUUUUCGAUUUCAUUUCAGCGUUGCAGAUUUCGAUUUUGUUGUUAAUUAGAUAAAAUAUCUCCAACAACUUCUGCAAAUAUGCCCGAUUUUAACAGAAGUCAGUCUGUAGAGGAUGAACUAAAAGAUUUCCUUGUUCUUAGAGAUUUACCAUUCACGGAUGAUUGUGACAAGGGGACCUUACCAGCAGUUGCUGUCGAUUGGGACAAGAAGAAUUCUGUAUUCAAUGUGACCAUGCUUUCGAUAAGUCACGACGGUUCUGAAGAGAGGCUUUGGUCGGAUAGUUUUAGUAUAAGAAAGAUUGAAAGGAGGCAUUUUGUGUUGUGUUUGGUCCAUCAAGAACUUCAGAGUGCUCUGCCAAAGUUGCCGAAAGAUGAACAAGGUAUUUGGUGGUACAUAAGGUGGACAUAUGUCUCACCUCAGCUAUGCAAAAAGCUUGAAGAAUAUUUCAAGAAUGCAUUCCAGAUUUGCGGUUGGAAGCUAUUUACGAGCGUAUUUUUUGGCGAACCCCUGUAUUUCGAUGAGGACUACACAAUAUCGACCUUAGAAUUAAAACGAAAACGAUUUGUGACAGUUGUUGAGGAAACUCGACAGGGGUUUCAGGAGCACAUAGCGAAGAAAGAUGCCGCCAGCAUGAAUUUAUUUGAAUGGUAUGAUGCAUUAUGGGAUUGUAUGACCAACGUUACUGAUGCUGAAAGAAAAUUGUUGGCAUUUGAUUGUGAACCAUAUGAGGAACUAAGAGAUAUCGCUCAAAAAGAACGAACAGAAUGCGCCACGAUGUUUAACCAACACUCCAUGACCACAUCCACUUUCCAAAAUAAUGUGCAGACUUUCAGCGAAUGGGAAGACCAGUACAUCGACUCCGUGAAGCAUAUCAACCAAUUUCGCAUCGCCCAUUUUAAUAUAUCUUUACCGCGACUACAGCAGAUCUCCAAGCUUUUGCGAGAAGACUCUGAGAAAUUUACAGAGGAUAAGAAAAUUUUUGUAGCGACAAAACUCUACCAAUUCGAAAAGGAAUCUCUUCAAAAUGAGAUUGAGAUGCUGAACUGCUCAAACCAGCUAAAGCUUUUGGAACGGGACAGAAUACGACGUGAUGCUUUAGCUUUGGACGAAGACAUCAGCAUGCCAGAGAAACUCAACGAAAAAGAGAUCCAAGUUUACACCAAACAAUGCGAAAUACUCGUCCUGAGCUGCGAUAUUCAGGAGAAAAACGAGAAGAUAGUUCGCCUUGAUUUACAACAGUUGUCGAAUGAUGCGACCAAUGAAGAGUCCGAGAAACUGCGAGCGAAUUUGCAGCAAAGUUUAGCCUCUAUUUCCAGGAAAAAAGCCUUUUUACGAAACAAAAAGAAUAUCUGUGAAGCGGAGAUCAAGAAACUCACUAGAAAUGAGGAAGUAAAAGAGGAACAGUAUGUCGCCCAUCACGCUGUACAGAUGAAAAUUGAAAAAAGGCGGGAGGAAGACGAGGAAGAAAAGGACGCUCGUCUUGAGGAAAGACAGAAAACCUUGAUGAGACUCAAGGAGUACAAAAAGAAAUAUCCUAAAGCCAAGGAGACGAAACCGCCUCGGUACCAGCCCCCCUCGAUGCGCAAAGGGCUGAAAGUGGGAAACACUUCCAGCUCGGCCACGACAACAAAUGAAUCCGCAUCAAGUUCUAAGUCUUAUUCACGAAAAUCUGAGAAUAAGAAAGAGAGUCCUCGCUCUCCUGAAGAAAACGGCUCCUUUGAGAUCAUAUCGUCACCACCCCCCUCUCCCCAACUCUCCUCUCCCCAACUCUCCUCUCCCCAACACCCCUCUCCUCAACUCCCCUCUCCCCAACUCUCCUCUCCCCAACUCUCCUCUCCCCAACUCUCCUCUCCCCAACUCCUCUCUCCUCAACCCCCCUCAUCUCAACCCUCCGGAAUUCCUAGCAUCCCACCCCCUCCACCUCCCCCGCCGCCUCCUCCUCCUCCCCCCGGUAUACCACGCCAUCCUCCAAGCCUGCCUGUGAUUAAGAGUCAGAGAUCUCACUCCAGUGAACGUAACAAGUCUCCAGUUGCCCAAGCCAAUUCGUUGUCCCAACAAACAUUAGAUCUGGACUCUCUGAAUAUUGCUCGCAGUCGUUUGAAAAAACGAGACAAAACCCCAGCAGCGAAUAACAACGACAAAGGUUUUCCUUCGGGCAACCAGUUGACCCUCGCCAUCCAAAGCGUGAAGCUACGUCGUGUCGUGAACGAAGAAAAGCCUGCUGCGCUUUCUCCAGACGGCGCGGAGUUCCUCAAGAAAGCACUGGAACGAAUGAAUAAAUUCACCACGCUGUCUUUUGAAGACGAGGAGGGGGAUAUGGAGGAACAAGACUGGUGAAGAAUGAAUGUCGGGUGACAUUUGAGGAUAAUAAAUUAUCUUCCUAAAGCUGUCACCGCUUUGCUUUUUUUUAUAUUUAAGACACUAUAAAAGGGUUGAAAGACGCUGCUCAGUAUUUCACCUUCUUAUAGUGUUCAUUUCAGCUUUAUUUACAAUGAAUUUGAAAAUAAUAUUUUGCACAGUUGUAUGUAUAACUCAACGAGAAUUGUAUUAAUAGAAUAUAAGUCUUAGACUGUCAGUAUUCCGCCAUUGAAAUAAAA